UUGGUUUAGGUUGUUUUCAUUCCAGUUACUGUAUACAUUGUAUAUAAUGUUAUGACUGAUUGGCGGUUUUCCAGCCAUGGCUACCAAGUGCAGGAGCCUGGAAUAUCGACCCGCUCGCGUGGCGAGACGCAGAGUUGCCAUUUGCGAGAUUUCAGACGCAGAGUUGCGAGAUUUCAGACGCUCACAGCGAUUGGUUUGUCAAGGUAUCAUGGACGUGACCAGCUCGAGGCUCACAAGGCACUUUUGGAUCCUCGCGACCGUGAUUCUGCUAAUUCAUGUGCAAUCAACAAGGCUGGCUGGCAGCCAGCAAAGCAAUCAAACGAUUUUGUGAGCAGGAUCAGUCUAUCGUUCUCAGCCCAGUGCCACAAUGUUCUUGUCCCAUGUCAUUUGCUUGAGAGCCCUUGCGAUCGCUGGCACUCGUGUGAUAAAACUUAGCAUCAAACGGGAGACGAAGCAACCAACCGCAAGGCCUCACCCUGGCAAAUCUAGAUCCCGUCCAUGAAAACCUGCGAGAAUCUGUGAUGGACAUCGAUGACACUGAGUAAUUCACCUCUCUCAAUGACCGUUUUCGUUCGGAUGUCAGCACGAGAUGGCGCAUAGAAAAGGCGUUUCAGGUGCAAGAUGCAGAACUUGGUCCUUCCUGUCCUCCUUGCAAUUCGGCCAAUUGAACAUACUGUGCCUCGCUUCCCAGGUUUUGCCUUAUAUCAGAACCUGUUCAAGAACUGGCAGCUGGAGUUUGGAUAUGAAGCGCCAUCGGAGCGUCGCAAAAACGUCAUGCGAAGUAUAGUGGUUAAAAGAUAAGUUCGAACCUCCAACCCAUGUUCAUCGAAGCCUCCAUUUACUGAACCACCAACGCAAAUUGUCAUCCCUAAAACUCAGGUCGUCGUACCUCUUCAGGUUUGGUAUGACUGGACCCUUCUGGCCCCAAGGCCCCCAGUCCCACCUUCUAAACGAAGGUACGACUGGAGCCCUGGGGCAUGUUGGCAGUUGGAGUUUACGGAUGUCUUGAUCCUGACCCUCGCUGCGAUCCUGAUCUUUCGUGCCUUCAAGCACGCGUGGGCGGCCAGACCGGGUUUGAAGGAGCAGUGACGCAGCGUCUGACGCGGUGAACACACCGCCUGACGCCGGAGCACAACCCACCGUUUGGCGUGGGUCGUGGCCCGUUUCGCCACGAGGAAAAGGGGCGGUGGAUCGCAACAGAUCUGAGUUCUGUGAGGAAGAUCACAUCGUUUUCUUUUGGCAAUAUUUGGCGAUGGUGUCUUCGGAUGACUCUGAGACAGGAAGUUUCAGAAAUUCUUGCGCAUGCCCCAUGGAUUGAGGGUGAUUGAGGUGAGCAACUGGCUCUAAUGUCCCCUGUCGGUUCCCAAAUGGAUCCAAAUGGGUAUACGGAUGUAUACGGAAGAGAAAUGCCUGUCUAAGACUGGUAGGUUGAUCUCCCAUGACAAAAAUGCACUCUCGAGAUAGAGCAGUGACAUCCCCUCUGAAACGAAACAUCGUUUCUAUUUGAGAACAUCUAGAUAGAGGAGUCCUCCAUGACUCCUGACGCAAUCACACGGUCCGGUCGCCCGCGGACUGUCUCGGUUCCAGUGGACGUUUGAGAUCCGUCGCCAUGUCGUUCUCAUCACGCUUUGCAAGCGUCGUGAAGACCUGGGUGCCCAGGGCACCCAUGGUCCUCGGCCGCCUGCCCGCGAGCGGUGCCCCAGUGGCGCUCCGGCGCUUCAGCGUGCAGGCUGAGACCGAAGGUGCAAGAGUACCCAGGAGUAUGGAGGACACCGUCUCGGAACAGCGACAGGUGCUCUUUCCCAACGCUCAGAAGCUUGAGGAAGCCUGGCAACAGAAGGAUGCCGCAAGGCAAGCAGCCUCAAAGGCUGAGGACUGGUCUCCCAGGCAGUUGCCCUACAAGACCUACGAGAAGGACGGCUCCUUAGACGACAGCGAUGAGGAGGUGGAGGUGGAGGAGGAUGGCUUGGAAGUGGGUGUCGAGGAGGUGGGUUUCAGAUACAAUGGCCCUGAGCCCACCAGCUUUGGAGACUGGGCACAUAAGGGCCGAGUCACGGACUUCUGAGCCGAGAGCAGUUGCGGGUUCUUCGCCCCGGUGAGAAAGGAACAUUGGCAGGAAUGCUCCC